AGAAGCGCUUCAAGUGGAAUAUCCGCGACUCCACGAGCGUUUCUUUCCAUUUCAUACGACUAAACUCUGUAAUGCGCCUUUAUUUAAAGCGACUGUCGCCCGACAAGUUUGACCGGUUAGUGGCACCGAGCUGAUAACAUUGCGCAAGUUAGAAGUUUAUCAGCAAGUGGCGUGAGCUAGUGGCUAAGCUAGCCAGUUAAACAGUACGGAUUCUGUUUUGAUUUUGCGUGGUACAUAUCGUUUUCCAAGUGUAUUCUGAUUCGACAUGAGUGUGCGAAGGAGUGCGGAGCCGCGGACGGUGAGAUAUCGGAGUGUGCCAGACGACUUCAUUGUGGCUGAACCACACCAACAGCUGCUGGCUUGAUGAGAAAGAACGGACGCCACUAUGAGCUGGGUUGAUGUUAAGGAGAGAGCGCCAUCCACGUGUGCAAACUCCCAUUCUUUCCAGCACAGCAAAGUUGAACCAUUGAUUCGGAGUCGACCCCUGAGUGAUGUUUAUCCUUUCCAGACUCACGUUGACAGAAGUGUUCCAUUCGUUCUAUCGGGAUGUGGUGGGCAGGUUCAACCAAUGACCUCGCGGGCUUUUGCCGAUGAGAACCAUCACAAUGGCAUCAACUCUUCGGCCUGGUCCAAUCCAGUGAUCAUGCAGGCUGAAGGGAAAACCUCAAGAAUUAUGAGUCUUUUCUCGACCUCACGGAAAGCCCCUGAUCCUGGUCAAUGUUCAGGUGCAGACAGUCCUAUCACAGUCAACGUUACUGAUGGCAGCAGCGUCCCACAGUCAUGGGCUGGACUCCCAGGACUGGGGGUCAUGGACUCCUUUAAAAAGUUGAGGUCGACUGUCCUGCAAGGGAUUCAGAGUCGGGCAGUUAACUGUGAAGAGAAGCAUUCGUCUCACCAGGAAGCUACUAAUACACACUCGAUACUGGAUAAGACGACAAAUCAUUCAAAUGGUUUGGAAAACUUCAGUAUGUCACGUGGACGCUUGACGUCUGAAAUCAUACAAAGUGACAUUGAUUUGGAGGACUAUGAGGAUUACGACGAGAGUGAUGACGAUGGACUGCAGAGGAAUUCUCGCUUUUCCAGGAGCAUAAGAAGAGCAUAUGGAGCAGGACGCAUCUCUUUACUGGACAUGGAAAAUGGGAGACGGACAGGAAGCUGUCAGGAAAAGGCUUGUGAUGGUCAGAAACUGGAGCAAAGUUCGAAGGAAUGUGAGCAAACUGAGAGCAUGGGCGCAAAUGCCACGGUGCUGAGCAGACUCAGUAAAAGCGCGGAAAACCUUCAUUUAUUUAAAGCACCUUUCAAACGUAGAGCGCCAUCGCCAGGUUCCCCAUCGCCAACAGCAGACUGUGACAUCAACCCAUCAAAUGGGACAACAAGCAUCCACAGGACGUCCAGCGCCUCUUCGGCAGACUUGCGUGGCCACAGUCGCCGGAAAGGUCCGGUCAAACCUAAGGGACAAAUGCCCAAACUGGUGAACAGCAUGACGGACUUGACCGUCCGGCGGAGGCAAAGUCCCUCACCCAGUCCAACCACACCGUCUCCAAUGUCACCCUUGUGUCGUCUCCAUGACGACUAUUCCAGACGAGUGCCUUGCCUAACAACGAGUGAGCGACAGCGCCGCCCAUCCCCGGUCAGAGCCCGGCUCAUGUCUGUGGAACACAGGCCGCUGGUUCAUACGCAGCCUGACGUCACACAGCAGCAACAAGAGGCAGCAGGACCAAGUUCUUCUGCUGCUGCUGCUGCUGCUCUCUCUGAAUCGCUGGGUCUCACCUCAUGUGGUUCUGAACAGACAAUGCAGAAGGAUGCAGCACCAUACCACAAACCACAACCGUCUUCUCAAAGCCAAGAUCAGGCAGAUAAUCCACAGUCAUGCGAGGUGACACCGUAUCAGAAGGGACAUGAACCACUACUGCAAGCUGAACUCUCUCAGUCGAGCAGCAGCAGCACCCCACCUACUUCACCAGUGAGCCCCGCCGAGUCACCUGCGUCACCCUCGGAUGCAUCCGCAGAAUCGUCUGUGAAGCCCAGACGUCGGAAUGGACGCCCCAGACCCCGGCCCAUCUCUGACUAUGGUCAACUCUCCUCGCGGAAGCAGCCGAUUCCAGAGGAAGUGGCGGUCCUGCACUCUGAGGACAGGACAGCUGAAGUGUGUUUGCUCAAGGACUGCGUCGAUUCUGACAGAUGUGUGAGUGGGGGCAGCCCUGAGAACGGCAGCAUCAAUGGAAAUAUCCACAACAGGAAGCAGCGGCCAAACUCCGUGAUGGGAGUUGUGGAUUUACUUUCUGCUGAUUCUGAGGAAAAGGAGGGCCGCCUUCCUUCACCAUUGUCUCGCCCGCCCAUCCCCUCCCACCAAGUGCCCCCCUACAAAGGAGUGUCUGCGCGGUUUCGUCCUUCUACUCUCUCCCAGAGCACCCCCAUUGGACUGGACCGUGUCGGAAGGCGAAGGCUCCACAGAGUUCUCAGUGAUGGUGUGCCUGAGUGUUCAGGAACCCUGGACGACAGCGUCAGCGAGGAGGAGGAGGGCAGCUUUGAUGAGCUCCCUGAUGUCACACCCUACCUGGAGCCGGGGGUGGAGCUAUCCGUCCUCAUCGAGGGGAUAAACUCGGGCCACGCCGUCUACGCCGAGGCUCUCUGGGACCAUGUGACCAUGGAGGAGCAGGAGCUGGCCUUCAAGGUGGGCGAUGUUGUCAGAGUCCUGGAUGCCCCACAUAAAGACUGGUGGUGGGGCAGAGGGGCUGAGAGGGAGGGAUGGUUCCCCUCCAGCUUUGUCAGGGUGCGAGUAAACCAGGGCGAUUCCAGUGCAGGUAGCGUGGAGAGUGUCACUGAUCAGGAGGAUCCAACUCCCAGAGACCCACACAGCAGCCAGCACAGGGAGCAGAUGAGAACAAAUGUGGUUCAAGAAAUAAUGAACACAGAACGGAUCUACAUCAAACACCUGAAAGACAUCUGUGACGGAUACAUCCGUCAGUGUCGUAAGCACCCCGACAUGUUCACUGAGCACCAGUUGAACACCAUCUUCAGCAACAUCGAGGACAUCUAUAAGUUUCAGAGACAGUUCCUUCGAGACCUGGACAAAAAGUACAACAAAGACCAACCUCACCUCAGUGAAAUCGGCGCUUGCUUCCUAAUGCAGGGAGAGGGGUUUUCUAUCUACUCUGACUACUGUAACACCCACCCUGCAGCGUGUGCCGAGCUGCAGCGCCUCAUGAAGUCAGGCCGGUACAAACAUUUCUUUGAGGCCUGUCGGCUGCUUCAACAGAUGAUCGACAUUUCUAUCGCGGGGUUCCUGCUCACACCAGUCCAAAAGAUCUGUAAAUACCCCCUGCAGCUGGGGGAGCUGCUUAAAUACACCCCAAAAGAUCACAGUGACUACAGUGGGGUGAGUGAGGCUUACAAUGCAAUGAAAAAUGUUGCCAGUCUCAUAAAUGAGAGGAAGAGACGGCUGGAGAGUGUUGAUGCCAUCGCUCACUGGCAGGUUGCCAUUCUUCACUGGGAGGGUUCUGAUGUUCUGGACCGCAGCUCCGAGCUGAUCCACUCCGGUGAGAUGACCCGACUCGUCCGCCAAGGAAAAAUGCAGCAGCGCAGCUUCUUCCUGUUCGACCACCAGCUGGUCUUCUGCAAAAAAGAUGUCUUGCGCAGAGACCUGCUGCACUACCGCGGGAGGUUAGACAUGGACCAGGUGGAAGUGCUGGACCUGCCUGAUGGACGGAACACAGAACUGGGGCUGAUGCUGAGGAAUGCCAUACGCCUGCGCAACGCUUCCACGCUGGAGUUUGUGUGUGUCCUGUGCUGCAGGAAAGUGCAGGACAAGCAGCGCUGGUUAGAGGCCUUCGCCAAAGAGAGGAACAGAGUCAAGGAGGACCAAGAGAUGGGGAUCGAGAUCAGCGAGGAGCAGCGGAAACAGGCACUUCUGAAUGCAAGAAAAGCAAAAAAGGGAAAGAUGAAGGCGAUCGGAUACUCUGGUUCCGUCCCGCUUCAAAACCUUCACCCACUUCACCAGCGACACGUGACCAUUCCAACCAGCGUGCCUCAGCAACAAGUCUUUUCCCUGGCUGAGCCCCCAAAACGAAAGCCUUACAACCUCUUGUACAGCAUCACCCGAAACGCCUUGUUCCGAAAAUGACUAGCCUCCCCUCUGUGCUCUGGGUGCUGCGUGCACUGAACAUUCUGAUGUGUGUGCCUCGCGUCUGUUUUUGUCUCGAUGAAGUCCAGUGCCUUUAUUGUGAAAGGUACCUUACAAAGUGUUAAAAUACCAACCCACGAUGCUGCUCUCGCUAGAGAACUUCCUGAAUUAUUCCAGCUGCAAUAUUUAUGCCUCCUUUUUUUCUUUUGACGUUGACAAAUGAUUUUUAUUUUGAUUGACAAAGGCUGGAUCCAUUCUGUUUUUUGUUUUGUUUUUUUGUGUGUUUUGUUUUAGCUGUGCUACAAGUCUGUCUACUCUGAGCGACUCAGCCAGAGAAUUAUUGGCACCUUCACCCACUUUACAGUGUAAAUAAAACUCUUGUGCAAAGAAACUGUUUUUCUAAGUAGAUUUUUUUUUCUUAAACGGACGAAGCUGGAGUGGAACAUGAAGUGGCCAUCGACGUUAAUGAAUGAAACAUUAGCUAUAGGACUCUUCUGCUGUCGUGGGAUCCUGUUUCAGAGCGCAGGUGGACGUGGACCCGAGGAGACUCCACGACCCGUCUGGGUCAUUCGGAAGCUGCCUUUUUCCCCCUGUGAAGGAGCUGGUGAUGGAAUCUGUCAAACAAAAAUCCCAAAUGAGAUGAUACAGGCUGAAAGGGAUGUCUGUGUCAUGGGCACCGAGAGUGAGGCGGUUGAAAAGAGGCCUGAGGAGGACGCAGGUCAACAUGAUGCUGCCAGUAUCGCAGAGGUGUCAGUGGAGGUCUCCACCGUGGACCACACUCUGGAGAAGCUCCGCAGGAAGUACCGAAGGUGCAGACGGAAGCCUUCCAGGACGAAGGAGUUGUGGACCCG